AUGCGUGGCCCUCGUUCCCAAGACUAUGCGCCUCUGCCGUUGAGCGAGAAGGAGCCUCUUUCGCACAGAUCUCGACGCGACCAACGGUCGAAAGGCUUGGGCAUAUGGGUUCUACGAGCACUCGGCGCAUGCGUAGUUCUAUACGGAGCCUCCAACCUCCUUAAUGUCUCCAUCAACAAGUCCUGUGACAGCGUCAACGAAGGCUACCGCUGUAGCCCGAAGACGAGCCACUUCUGGGGUCAAUAUUCGCUUUGGUAUUCCGUACCCUCGGACAUCAACGUAGCGCCUCCGAAGGGCUGCGAAGUCACCUUCGCGAACGUCUUGUCCCGCCACGGCGGCCGCGAUCCCACUCUGGGGAAAACCCUCGCCUACCACAUCUUGAUCGCAGACAUACAAAACACGAGCACAUCGUAUCCGCAAGAGUUCAGAUUCUUGAAGGAUUACGAUUAUACAUUGGGUGCGGAUGAGCUGACGGAUGCUGGGAGGCAGGAAAUGGUCAACUCGGGAGCUCACUUCCACCGCCGUUACCGGAAGCUCAUCGACGACAACGUACCAUUCGUACGCGCGGGCGGACAACACCGUGUAGUUGAGUCAGCUGAGAGGUGGCUUGAGGGUGUCGCGCAAUCACUGAAGGAAGAGCCGCGAAAGAUCGAUGUGGUGAUUCCAGAAGGGCCGAAUUGGAACAAUACUCUCUCCCACGACAUCUGUCCAGCAUUUGAGGGCGGUCCACAUCAUGGUCUCGGGGAUAGGGCACAGCAUGUCUGGGCUGACAAGUUUGUGCCACCAAUCCAACAGCGCAUCAACUCUGCUCUUGGAACGAACCUCAGCGCCACCUCCAUCGUGUACUUGAUGGACAUGUGCCCAUUUGAUACAUUGGCGCAUCCGUCAGCCAAGAUGUCAGACUUCUGCAGAAUCUUUACGAAAAAGGAGUGGCGUGAAUACGACUACUUCCAGACACUGGGCAAGUUCUACGGCUACGGCGUUGGCAACCCGCUUGGUCCGACUCAGGGCGUUGGAUACGUCAAUGAACUGCUGGCGCGAUUAACGAACAAGCCUGUUGACGACAACACCAACACGAAUCGCACCCUAGACUCCGAUCCCAAGACAUUCCCCCUCGACCGCAAGGUAUACGCCGACUUCAGCCACGACAAUGACAUUAGUGGCGUUUUGGCUGCGCUCGGCCUUUACAACAAAACGAAGCCGUUAUCGAACACCACUAUCGAGGAUACAAAGAAGACACAUGGUUAUUCGGCAGCAUGGAGUGUGCCAUUUGCAGCACGUCUCUACGUGGAGAAGCUGCAGUGUAAGCACGAGAAGGAAGAGUCAGUUCGUGUCAUUGUUAACGACCGCGUACAUCCAUUGGACUUCUGUGGUGGUGACAAGCAUGGCAGGUGUACGUUGAGUAAGUUUGUAGACAGCCAGAGCUUUGCAAGGAGCGGUGGCCUUUGGGAUCAGUGUUACGAGUAG